UGUUGUGCGCCUAUCCCUAGUUUAAAACCUCACAGAGUUCACUUUGUAAUUCUGAACGUGAGCUUCGAGGUGAUUUGGCUGAGGAAAUCAUUUGGAGAUUUAAAAAGACAAGGAGGACACAAUAUAAAGAAUCGGCUCAAAGUGAAGAAUCGCUAAAAGAACAGGACCAGGCUGUAUAGAAAAGUAAAAUGGCCGGAGAAAUCUCUAGCGCAGCUGUGGAAACAGCGACAAGGGCCGCAAUGGACUUGUCUCUGUCAGGGGGAGGAUUUUCUAUUUCACUCAAGAUUGACAAUCCCUGGUUAGCGGGAGCUGUGAGCAUUGGUGCAUUAUCGUUAGGUGCUUUCUAUCUUGUCUGUAAGGGGCCCGCUGAGGGUGCCAUAAGAAGAGCCUUGGAAAGGAAUGUAUUCGGCGAUGUGGAUCCUGAAGUUACCGAUAUUACAGAUGGACAUUCCAUCUUGGUGGAAUUGCAUUGUCGCUCAGAGAUGAGUCUGUUAGUAUUUCUGGAAGACUAUCAGUCGAAAACAAUAAAGUUUAGAUUGGAAGAGGAGUUAAAAAAAAUUGGUUUUAAUGAUCAAUUAGAAGUCGUUAUACGGAAUAAGGAAGAAGUAAACAAGAGAGCAACAGAGAUAAGGGUUCAGAGGGUUACAAGAGAUAGACAUGGAGACAAAACAAGCCAUCGUUGACCUGCUUAACAAGAAACGUCUUCCUGGCCUGGCGUCGUGGAAGCAUGUGGCACGAAGGUAUGGAAUGAGAGAAAAGGAAAUCACCUAUCUAGA